AGACUGAUAACCAUUUCAAUAUUGGAUCUAUCAAGUUUGUUGUUAAUCUCUCCAAUGUUCAUCAUCUGGUCGUAGCCUGUCGUGAACUACAUCGUGGCUGCAUGGCAACAUAGGUAAUUAGUGAGGCUCUUCUGAUUUGUGAAUAAUUCCCUUCGCUAUUCUCCGUUUGAUCAAUCACGACUCUUAGCCACCAUUGUCACAACAACACAAUCAACAUUUUUUUCGUUUCCUUGUAUAUCUCAUUCACGUUCCAUAUUCUGGAAAUACUGAAAAUAUUAAUCGAAAACUCAUAUAAUUAUUGAAAUCAUUACUUACCUACCUAUGCAUCAUUUUCCAUACACGAUAACCAAAACUCUUACAAACACAUAGGCAGUGUUCAAUCAUUGAGUUCUCGAUUCAAGGGAAACGUUUACAGCCAAGACAUACACCCUAAUGACCGAAAUGUAUAAGCCACAACCACAGAAUGUGCCUAAACAAUUUGCACCAGGAGGAGGUGGACCUCAAGGUGGUGGUGGCAGUGGAGGAAGGCGCCACAAUUCUGAAAGCCACGUCAAGCCCAAUCGACGACCCAAUGGACCUUCAGGACCCCGCCAUGCCGCCAAUCACCCCGCCUUGAAGUAUCUUUUCUUCAGCUUGUCAAGCCUGUGCCUGGUUUUUUUUCUGUUCUUCCUCUUCCCCUGGACACAGCUAGAUCGUCAAGGUUGGACAUUCGGACAAAGUGUUAAGCACGACAUAAAUAUUUACAGAAGAGCACUAUUCCAGUCUCCUUCUACCUUAACUAUCACCACUACCGUCACUCAAUCUCCCAUCCAACCUACCGAAAAGCCGGUGCAAACGGAAGAAUCCAAAAUGUCGACUACCGAGCAGACCUUCAUUGCCAUCAAGCCUGACGGCGUCCAGCGUGGCCUCGUUGGUGCCAUCAUCUCUCGCUUCGAGGGACGUGGCUUCAAGCUUGUUGCCAUCAAGCUGGUCACCCCCGGCAAGGCCCACCUCGAGCAGCACUACGCUGACCUCAAGGACAAGGCUUUCUUCCCUGGUCUAAUUGAGUACAUGAACAGCGGCCCAAUUGCCGCCAUGGUCUGGGAAGGUCUUGACGCCGUCAAGACUGGCCGAACUCUCCUCGGUGCCACCAACCCCCUUGCCUCUGCCCCUGGCACCAUCCGUGGUGACUUCGCUCUCCAAACCGGCCGCAACGUCUGCCACGGCUCCGACAGCGUCGAGAACGCCAAGAAGGAGAUUGCUCUUUGGUUCAAGGAGGGCGAUGUCGUCAGCUGGGAGAACGCCCAGGCCAAGUGGAUCUACGAGUAAAUACGUGGUUACGAAGUUCCAUAUGAUGCCGUACUAGCUCAGACAGUGUUCAAAACUACAUGGCAAGGUCAAGCAAAUAGUGCAAACCGCAACAAAUAAAAAACUAUUCAGAGAA